AUGCCGUCCGAACGCCAUCCUCUCCUAUCCAACCGCGGCGAGUCGGCCGAAGCCGCCCAGGCAAAGGCUGCCUUGCGCUCUUCACGCAUCCGCGAGAUUGCCUUCUUCGCCUGGGGCCUCCUUGCCACUGCCGCCUUCAUCGUCGCUGCUGUUUGGAUCCAGCAUGACGCUCAAACCGGCCACAACGAUGAGAAUAAUACUCUCGCUCCCAAGCGCAACUUGGUCUUCAUGGUGUCCGACGGCAUGGGACCGGCAUCGCUCUCCUUGACACGAAGCUACCGCCAGUACAUCAACAAUCUCCCCGAGAACGACACGCUCGUCCUGGACCAGCAUUUUUGGGGCACCAGCCGCACUCGCUCCAGCAACUCCCUCGUCACCGACAGCGCUGCCGGCGCCACGGCCUUUGCCUGCGGCCUCAAGAGCUACAACGGCGCCAUCUCAGUCCUACCCGACUUUGAGCCAUGCGGAUCUGUCAUGGAGGCGGCCAAGAGGGUCGGAUACACAACGGGACUGGUCGUCACAACAGACAUUACGGAUGCCACGCCCGCUACUUUCGUCAGCCACGUCCUGAGGCGAGAGAUGGAGGACUCGAUUGCCCUCCAGGAAAUCGGAGAGGGCGUGCUAGGCCGUUCAGUUGAUCUCAUGCUCGGUGGUGGCCGCUGCCACUUCCUUCCCAACAGCAGCAAGGGUGGAUGCCGUGAGGAUGAGUUGGAUGUCACACGUCUGGCUCAGGAGAAGCACGGCUGGACCUACACCGAUAACCGCCAGGGCUUUGACGCUCUCGACGGCGGCGACAAGGUCAAGCUUCCCUUCCUCGGUCUCUUUGCCGAGCGAGACGUUCCUUUCGAGAUUGAUAGACAGAAGCAGCACGACGUCUACCCCAGCUUGAGCGAGAUGGCCACCACCGCCCUGCGAGCUCUCGAAAAGGCAACCAAGGACUCGGACAAGGGCUUCUUCCUCAUGAUUGAGGGCAGCCGCAUCGACCAUGCCGGUCACUUCAACGACCCUGCUGCUCAGGUCCGCGAGGUUCUCGAGUACGACAAGACGUUCAAGGCCGUCCUCGACUUCAUCGCCGAUAGCAAGACGGAGACGGUCCUCGUAGCCACCAGCGACCACGAAACCGGCGGCCUCGCCACCGCCAUCCAGGAGCCCGGCCAUCUGCCAGUGUACAACUGGUACCCUCGCGCCCUCGCCAGGGCCACCUCCUCGGCCGAGUUCCUCGCCGCCAAGCUCCGUUCCCACGCAGCAUCCGUCACGCCCGCCUCCAAGGACAAGAAGAAGGAGAAGAGGGAAAAGGCCAAGGCUGACCUCAAGAAGUGGAUCAACAAGGAGCUCGUCGUCCCCGGCCUCGGCAUCUCCAACGCCUCCGACGACGAACUCGAGUCCCUGGCUGACAAUACCGAGGCUUCCCUCGAGAUCCUCUCCGCCAUGAUUUCCUUGCGCGCCCACGUCGGCUGGAGCACCCACGGGCACACUGCCGUCGACGUCAACAUUUACUCGUCUGGAGGUCCCGGCACGGAAAAGAUUCGUGGAAACGUCGAGAACACCGAUGUCGGCAAGUUUUUGAGACGCUAUCUCGAUAUCGAGGGGGACGUUGAGGAGAUUACCAAGGAGCUGAGGGCGAAGACGGAGAAGCCCGGCGAAGCUGCGCAGAGUAUGGCAGUCGAGCAGAUGAGCGGCGUAGAGCACUAUCACGCACAAGAGAUUUGA